GGCAAUAGCAAGCUCUGUGGCCAGGCACUGGAAAAGCCGUCGGGAAAGAAUCACAGGAACCGACUGAUUUUGCUGCCUGUUCGCCCCCUAACCAGGUUUCCAGAGGCACAAGUAUCAGACAACACCGUAAGAAUGACAAGGAAGAUCUUCACCAAUACCAGGGAGAGGUGGAGGCAGCAAAAUGUCAACAGUGCCUUUGCCAAACUGAGGAAGCUAAUUCCCACCCAUCCACCAGACAAAAAACUGAGCAAAAAUGAGACUCUCCGGUUGGCCAUGAGAUACAUCAACUUCCUCGUCAAGGUCCUGGGAGAGCCAGGACUGCAGCAGACAGCAGUGGCAGCUCGGGGCAGCAUCCUGGGAUUCUUCCAGCAAGCCCCACAGUUGCAGAGCAUGGAGGAGCUGACACUGAUUGAAAACUGUGGUGUCUCCUGUCCUGGCAUGAGCAGCAAUAUAGUAGAGUGCUGGUCAGAGGCAUCAUCUCUCUAGCAGACAAUGAGAUGCAUAGUCUUGGCAUUAGUGAGAUAGUCCCUCUCUUCCGGCAGAAUCUGUGGGUUGCUCUUCCAUGUAUUGUGACUAUUUAUUUAUAUUUAUUGCUAUUUGAUUUGCAUUUUUAUUUAAUAGGAUAGAAAAAUUGCAUUUUGGUCAUGCAAAACCUGGAAGUCCAGAUGGAGAACUUGUCUCUGGGAGCCUGGAAGUACUCGUGGCCAUCAUAGCAGAGUCCAAGCCAGAAAAGUCUUAUGCCCAGAUCUGCUCCAUAAAUCAGGGCAUAGAAAUUCCUUCAGUGUUUCUGACAGGGAGAGAGAUUAUUCUCCCAUGCUGUUUCAAGGAAACACUAUUGAGAUGAAGAAUUAUGACAGCACCACAAAAUUUGUCCACAACAGACAUCUGGCCUCUGUAAUGAAAGAUUUUGAGAGAUGUGACAUUUGACACAGUCCUCCAUGAGUUUUUCUAGGGCCUAAUUGCACUCACCCUUGAACUUAUGAAUCUUAUUUCUAGUUUGAUUAUUUUUUUCUUUUUUUUUCUUUUUUUUUUUCUUUUUUUUAAAUUUAAGUCUUAGCCUUUGAACCAGGCUACACCUUUCUUCAUCAGACUGGAGGAAUCCUUUAUGUCACAUUAAACAAAAUUAAAUGUUAGGUUAAAGCAAAAAGUGUCAAUUUAAAAUCACAAAAUACAUGGUCAUAGAUGAGUUUCAGUGGGUUCAACAGACAAAGUAAAUCUCCCCCAUAGCAGCGACAGUGAGCAUGUGAAGGAAGAUGGUCAGCUAUGCCCCGCCUGCCUUAAAAGCCCAUCAAAGAGGUUGGUGAUUAAAUGUCUUUGGUCUUCUGUAGGAGCUGUAGCAAUUGGGGAAGGUCGUCUUUGGGAGAAAGGUCCCAGGACAAAGGCCUCAGUGAUGCACUGUGAAAACCUUGUGACUAUGUCGACGGUUAUGCAUUCAUAACUCACUGACUGCCCUUAAACUCCCUGCUUUCACCUGUUCUAGCUGGAACACUAUCCUAAAUGGGCCAAUGGAGCAAGGACAAAGAAAUUUUAAAUAUCUUCCAUUUGUGAGUCAUAUCCCUGUAGGAAAACCACCAACCAUCACACUGCAAGUGUUUACAUAUGAGCUGCAUGAAAAGAGGUAUCAUGAAAGUGGCCACUGUGGGUUAUGGCUGCCCACAAAGAAAUCAAAUUUAAUUUCCUGACUGAGUUAUAACCUGUGCCAGGCAAAGCCUGGUCUGCUCACGUGCCUCAUGAGCAGCCCAAAACCGCAGAGAAACCUCGUUUAAGUAGAAUGGCUUUCUGGUGAGAUCCUGCUCCCAAUGACACAAGUGCCUCUUGAUUUCCGUGUGAACCAAGGUACAUGUCAAGGCUUAGAAAAGACAAUUCUUCACAGCUGGUGAGGAAAAGUAGCUCCCAUAAGCCAAAGCAUGAUCCUGGGCUGUUUGUUUGCUCAUGAGACAAAUAGGUGCUUUCAGAAAGCAGAACUAGGCGGUUGUGCAUUUAACAUGUAUGGCCUUUCUGCAUGAGGGGAUUUGGCACCUGAAGCUGACCUGCCUUCCAAAGCCUCACCAAGCACCAGGUGCACCAAAGAAACCAGGGCUGGCUCCUGCCAUAUGGGAAUGUUGAGCUAUCCUCAGCAUUGACAAAGGCCAAGAUCUGACCAGAACACAGCUCACCCCAUCCAGCACUGGUGCUGUAAGUCACAGGCGUGCCAGUGGACAGAUUUUGACCAAAAGAAAGAAAGAAAGAAAGAAAAAAAAAAAAAGCUGAAAGGGUUCAUGUUGAUUUGGUUUCCUUUCUGAGCACUGCUAAUAGCUUGCUUAUCCCUGGGUUUGUGAGCUCUCAGAAUGGCCCUGGGGAGCAUCUGAGUGAAAAGGCACCGAGAAUCCUUUGCACGGUUUGUUUCUCCUCACCUCCACCCACCUUAAUGCUGACUAAAUGGAGCCACAGACUCUUCUACAUAGCACCUCAAAGGUAACGAGCCACAU